AUAAAAUAAAAUAAAAUCUUCAUCGAAGUAAUAUUACUGUAUUAAUCUAAGAUUUGGUGUGAUUUCUGUUUCUAAUUUCGAUUUUAGUUCCAGUUCAUGGAAACAAUCAUUAGCUCCUAGAUUUUGUUCUCGAUUUUUUUUUUCUCGGGAAAAUUUGACGUUUUCCGGGAAAACUUUGUUUUUGGCGAGGGAAGAUUGCUGAGCUGUUUGUUUCGCGAGAAAAAAAGAAGAAAGGGGAAAAAAAGGAGGGAUGAGAAGCGGGAAUGGAGAUGCGAGAGCUAUGAGCAAUCCUUUGGAGACCAUAAACGCUGCUGCUAACGCGAUCGCGUCGACUGAGAACCGUGUUCCUCAAGCUACGCUUCAGAAUAGAAGAUGGGGAAGCUGCUGGAGCUUAUACUGGUGUUUUGGAUCUUACAAGCAAAGAAAGCGAAUUGGGCAUGCUGUCCACGCUCCUGAAAUGACAGCACCUGCUACCAAUGGGCCUGCAGCUGAAAUUACAACUCAAGCGACUGCUGUGGCACUCCCCUUUGUAGCACCUCCCUCCUCUCCUGCGUCUUUCCUGCAAUCAGAACCUCCUUCUGUCACACAAUCUCCAGCUGGCUUACUGUCCCUCAACUCUAUUUCUGCCAAUAUGUACUCUCCAGAAGGACGGCCUUCUAUUUUUGCCAUUGGCCCUUAUGCUCAUGAAACUCAGUUAGUUUCACCACCUGUUCUCUCAACGUUUACCACUGAACCCUCAACUGCUCCCUUUACUCCUCCCCCAGAAUUAGGACACUUGACUACACCUUCCUCACCUGAGGUGCCAUUUGCUCGGUUGCUUGAACCCCACCUCCGGAAUGGGGAGGCUGGGCAGAGAUUUCCACCGUCUCCUUAUGAAUUCCGGUCUUAUCAAUUUUAUCCUGGAAGCCCAGUUGGCCAACUUAUCUCUCCAAGCUCAGGCAUAUCGGGGUCUGGUACAUCAUCUCCUUUUCCUGAUGGUGAGUUUACAGCUGCUAGGAUAAACUUUCCUGAGUUCCGAGUAGGUGACCCUCCCAAGCUUUUGAAACUUGAUAAGCUUUCCAGCCAUGAAUGGGGAUCACAUCAGGGUAGUGGUACUUUGACCCCAGAUGCUACAAGGUCAACUCCUUGCAAUGGUUUUCUUUUGGUUCAUCAGCUCUCUGAUGUUGCAUCUCGUCCACAAUUAGACAUUGGAUGCCAAAAUGACCAAGAUGUAGUUAAUCAUAGAGUUUCUUUUGAGUUAACCACUGAAGAUGUAAAAUCUGUGGAAAAGAAGCCAGCCACAUUGUCAGAAGCUGUAUCAGAAUCUCUACAGAAUGGAAUGACGGCAGAAAGGAAGGAAAAUGUUAGUGAAGUGGUGGAUGAUCAUGAAUGUCACGUAGGUGAAACAUCCAAUGAGACACCAGAGAAAGCCCCAGUAGAUGGGGAAGACACACCAACAUGGCACCAGGAGCAUCAGUCCAUCACUCUUGGACCAGUUAAGGAAUUCAAUUUUGACAAUGCAGAUGGAGGGGAUUCCCGUAAGCCUAUUGCCAGUUCAGAUUGGUGGGCCAAUGAAAGGGUUGCUGGGAAGGAUGAUGGGGCUACUAAGAAUUGGUCCUUCUUCCCCGUGAUGCAGACAGGGGUCAGCUAACUGCCGUAUGCAUUCUGCUUGGUGCUGACACAUUUCAACACCAUUGUAGAAAAAUUAUGGCUUAGGAGUGAAUACACACACCUUUGAAAAAGAAAGGGAGACAGAUUCCAUGGAAGUAUAGAUGAUUUUAGGAGUUUUGAAUCAGGACAAUUGGAUGAGUCACCAUAGCAUGGAGGCUUUUUUUUUUUUUUUUUUGAGUCCUUCUUGACCAAGAAUCAGGGUCAGGUAGGAAUGUAUAACUUGUUUGAAUUCGUACAAUGUUGCUCCAUAUCAUCUUCCUCCUGUAUGUAAUAUAAUGCAAUAAUGCUC